GCGACUCCAGACACGGCGGGCAUUGAGCCACACACGAAGCUGCGAAAGACCGUCAACUGGCCUUGGUCCUAGGGUCUACAUAUUUUUUAACCUAGUCGCAACCAGGAUAGGUCUGUGACUUAUGCUGAGGAGACCGCGUGCUGCGACGCGAUGAUGUUGAAUUUCGGAGCUGUCUUGCCCGAGCCAAGGCGGCAUACUCUCAUCAAUGGCUGGCAAAAUGACCAGUGACCCCGCCUCAUUCCAUGUCCAGCUCGUAAGUUGUCCUAGGCUGAACUGUCACACGACAGUCCCGUACCGCCGACAUAGUGACAUUUCUGCCGUCGAAAUGCAGCUUUGCCAUGUCUGCAACUCCCUUACCCUUGCAUUUCUUUUGGAGGCACCUGGCUGUCAUGGAUCUGGCCAUGGCUCGCACAGAGAUGGUCGAGUGCUCUGCGAAAGUGGCGCAGCACUGUCGGACUCGGCGACAAGCUGUGUCAUGUGCGCAUUGAUGAUGGAAGCUUUGUCCUCUCACAGUCCAGGUCGCAACAAUUCUUAUCACGCACGUGGACCAAUCGCUCUAUCUGCGGACGCGAUAAUGGUGCACCCGAAAACUGAUCCAAGACGUCUUAACUUCCCAGGCGCUCCAUGCGAAGGGGCCUACGUAACCGGCUUCGUUGUCACUGGCAGAAGUCGAGAGAGUGGGCAACUACUCAGCGGAAAGAUUCGGCUGUACAAGGAGAGUUUCAAAGGUAUGGAUGGGAGAUGCGACGUUCUUGGGCGGCCGCAGCUCUCAGGUCCCGAUGGCCCCGAUGCGUUCGCCUUGAUCACGCAAUGGCUGCAAGCCUGCAGGCGAGAUCACAGCACGUGUAGCACGUGUUUGAGUGGCGAAAGCAUUGUAGAGUCCGACGCGCCGCCGUUGCCGACUCGCGUGCUGUUAAUUGGCAAAGGACAUGUUCGGCUAGUCGAUGCCCAAGGGCAAAGAGGAAGAUAUGUCACUCUUAGCCAUUGUUGGGGCCCCAGCUUGAAGCGCCCGUUACGAACUACAAAGGGAAACUACGAAUCGCACCGCGAGGGGAUACUCUGGACGUCGCUACCAAGGACCUUUCAAGAUGCCAUCACUGUCGCGAGGAAGAUUGGCUUUGACUAUAUCUGGAUAGACUCCUUGUGCAUCGUGCAAGACGAUCAAGAGGACUGGUUGCGAGAGUCAGGUACGAUGGGCUCGAUUUACGAACUGGCCGACCUUACGAUCGCCGCCUGUCAUGCAGCAGACCCAAGCCAGGGCUUGUUCGUACCGAGACCUUGUCGGAAUCCGGCUGUCGAGAUUCCCAGCUUCUUCGGUGGACUGGGAACACGUCAAGAGAAGGUAUACGCAACAGUACGUCGCGAGACAGUAGAAGAUACGUUCCCAGAGUAUGGGCCACUGAAUCGGCGAGCAUGGUCAACCCAAGAAUGGCUUCUGUCGCGACGCAUGUUAUUCUACACUAACGGCACCAUCAUGUGGUCAUGCAAGGCAGUUACGGAGAGGGAAAAUGGCGAGCGCUGCUUCAACAUUUCGAGAAACACGCGGUGGAAGACGGUCGUCGAGCAUUACAGUGAGAGGCUGCUGACUUUUCCCACCGACAAGCUGAUCGCGCUCGAGGGCCUGCGCAAGGCGCUGCAGACGAGAACAGGCUAUACAUUCGCUCAUGGUGUUUGGCUCGAGAGCUUGCCCGACCAGCUACUGUGGCACGCCACGGAACAAGUGCACGUCAACGAUGCCGCCGACCCCCUGGACUUACCAACCUGGACAUGGGCUCACGUACCGACGUCUGUCAGGUUUCUACCGAUUCAUAGGGCAAAAAGCUUGUGCGACUCGAUAUCUUUGUCGACCGAUUCGAAAACAUUGAUCAUCAGAUCAAGGAUGAAGCGCCUGGCAACCAUUAAGCCGGAUCUGAGUCCCGGAUGUGAGGACGACGAAACGAGCCAGGCGAUUGCUGCGGACGUCAAUGCCACUCACGCAAGUAACACACCUGCGCUGGCCAGCUUCCUCUAUGACGAGACGUUGCGGCCCAUAGGGUGGGCAGUGUAUGAGCAAUUGGCAGACUAUGCCGCUGCGACACAAUAUUGGUGUGUUCAGCUUAUGGGCAGGGUAAGCCGGCGUGGCGAGAAUACCGAGAGGCGCGAGGGAAAGUCCACGGACGCAAAACUGCGAGAAUAUUGGGUUCUCAUUGUGCGACCGCAUCCAGACGGAGGAUAUGUUAGGGUUGGCGCAGGGAAGACAUAUGGACAGCGUUGGUGGGAGAGCGCGCCGGUACAGCGAAUCGUUCUUCGCUGAGACUCGUGGAUGUCGGCCAGAAGUUAAAGGCUCGACGAAAUAACGAAUUUGAUAUCACGCGAAAAUUCCAUGUCCGUAGCUCCCAUCAUAUCGGUUCCAGCGCUUCACCUGAAGCCGCAACUAUCGUGGAGUCAAGGUGCCAUACCAACGCUCCCACGGCUGAGAGCGCCAGCGCGAUCCAACAUCGGCUCCUCGGCCCGAUUGCAUACC